AUGGAAGUUCUAUAUGGUUUCGAUCCAAUGAAGACAGUCCGACCAGAUGAGUUUGCUUCUCCCUACUCUGCUACUUCAAUCAUAUCCAUCGCGAACAUCGACGCUUCGUUCUACUUCAAUCGAGAUACGUCGCGUAUUGAAGUUAGGAUUGUUCGCUUGUGGAGAAACUAUAACAAAGAAUCAGGAAACACCAUUGAAAUGGUGGUUGUUGAUAAAGAAGGGACAAGAAUUAAUGCUUCAGUUGGUGAACAACUCAUCAAAAAAUUCGAUGACAAGCUACGCGAAGGAGAUGCGAUUGUCCUCCAGUUGUUCAAAGUGUACGAUGCAACUGCUGAUGAUUUUCCAAGUGCAGUUCCCGAAAAGUAUUUCGCGGACUUAUCUGAUAUUCUUGGUGGAAAUCUGGAUCAUAGCUGUUUUGUUGGUGCUUACUCCAUAUCUAGCGGGUAUAAUUCAACCCAUAUUUUGCUCAACCCAACACUUGAUUUUAUUGAGGAGUUCAAAUCAAGUCUCCCUGAUGAUUCACUUGCUCUUACAAACAACGAUAGUAGCCAAUGGUCUGUUGGUACUGCUACUUCUAUUCGUGCCAGAUUUUUUGUUCUUAAUGAGAGGCUAACCAUCAGAGAGAUCAUUGACAGUACUCUGGUUGGGACUUUUGUCACUCUGGGGACUAUUGAAACAAUUGAUACUGAACGUGGCUGGCAAUAUUUAAGUUGCAAAUACCACAACAAAAAAGUGAUGCCUACAACAAAUGUUGAUGCUGAUGGCCAGCCCUUGUUCUUCUGCAAUACGUGUGACAAAGAACACAGUGAUGUCAUUUCCAGGUUCAAAUUAAUUGCCCAUGUCAAGGACGAUAACGGUGAGGCUAAUUUUCUUUUGUUUGAUGCUAAUGCUCAACAAAUUGUGCGUCAUUCUGCUGCUGAACUCUAUGACGAGAAUGAAGAUGAAGACUUCUUACCAGAAGCAGUUAGCGAUCUCUUUGGUAAGAGAGUCCUUUUUGAGAUUUCAGUUGACGCUGAUAACAUUAAAGGAAAGAGCUCUCAGUAUGUUGUUCGAUUGGCUACUGAUGACCGUGAAAUGGUUGAGGAAUUUGCUGAUUUGCCUCUUAAACCGGUCCUAAUGUUGGAGUCCGCAGAUGAUAUUUCCUCUGGUUCUGGUGGUUUUACAGCAACUCCUUUGUCGAAAAGAAAAAGCGAACAAGAUGACGACAGUUGCAAUUAUACGUACACACAAUAUCACUAA